AUUAAGUGUGCACUUGCAUUUCUCAUUCGCGAAACAGUUCCAGCAUUGGUUUUAUAGGAUUGGAUUGUUUCUAAAUAAUACAAAAAUAUGUGCGGUCGUAUGUGUUUGUCCCUGAAGGCAAAGGAGUUGAAAGAUUACUGCCAGUACCAAAAAACGCGCGAAAGUGAAGUGGAACACCCGCGUUAUCACAAGGAGUUCAACUGCGGCAAAAAGUAUGAGCCGUCUUUUAAUGUAGCUCCAACCGAUGUUACACCGGUUCUGGUAUCGGCAAUUCACUUUGAUGAAUCGGCGGAUGCAGCUGACCAACUGUUGGUCCCGAUGAUGUGGGGUAUGGUGCCUCGCUGGCACAAUGGAGACUAUCGAAAGCACGGUCUCAGUACCAUUAAUUGCCGCCGGGAAGGUCUAUCCUCCUCCACACUAUAUGGUCCACCUAUGGAAGCUGGAAAACGAUGCGUAGUACUUUGCGAAGGUAUUUUUGCCUGGCAAGGUAAAAAUCGUUCCAAAAAACGAGGCGAGAGACCAGUAUUUUACGUCUACAUGCUGCAGGACGAGAAAGUAAAGGUGGAAGAUAGAGCAACGUGGGAUUUGGCAGAUGGCCAUUUAAAGCUGCUGCGUAUGGCAGGCCUGUUCGACGAAUGGGAAGAUGAAAACGGAAACAAGCUGUACAGCUACACGGUAAUCACUCUGGAAGCCAAGGGACAAUUUGCUGAAAUUAAUCAACGAUCGCCGGCCAUCCUAGAAACGGACGAACAGGUUUCCGAUUGGCUAGAUUACAACCGUGUUCCCGCCGACCGUGCGUUAAGCAUGUUACAACCUUGCGAAGCCAUACGCCGGCAUCGCGUUUCAAACUAUGUGAACAAUCCACGCCACAAAUCAGAUCAGUGCAACAAACCUGUGCCGGUUUUGCAAAUGGUUGCCACAAGGCCAAUAGCCACUCCGGAGAACGUAUUCAUGCUAUCGUGGUUACGGAAAGGAAAGCAAAAAGAGACUUCGUGAUUUUUUUCUCUAAACAGGAUCCAUUGUGCUGUAAAAAGUAAGGCACAUUUUAUGCUGAGAUUGAUUUGUGCCUGUGAAAGAUGUUAAGAAAUAUAAUU